GCAAGCCGGAACCAGGAAAAGUCCAGCUUGUUGUGAGUUGUCGCUGUGGCUUUUCGCUGUUUCUGGUCUUUGUAUUUCUUCCUGGGUCACAAAUGGCGAGCUCCACGGGUCCGAGCAGGACCGGGCCGGGCCUCUGCUUCUCGGCGCUGCUGCUGGUGGUGCUGAUCGGGACGGUCGGUGCCGUGUCCGAACCGGGAAAGUGGAUCCUGAACAUCGACAGCGAAACUCUGAAGAAACAGAACUUUUUCUUCUUCACUAAAACUCUGUUCAACAGCAGCUUCAUCCAUCUCAAAUUGGUGUCAGAGACCUGCAACUCGUCGUCCCCUGUCCAGCUGAAUGUGUCCUGGUAUCUGAGGAACUCUCACUGCUACAAUGAAGUCUUCAGCCUGGACACGGCGCGCGCAGGAAAUUACUUCAAGUCGACGGAGGUCAAACAAGGAGGAGGAAAUGGAUAUUAUGCUUUUCAUCAGUAUGCUGCCGUCACCUGCCAGCCACACAUAAGCCCCAACACGUUUGGCCUGGAAAAGUUUAAGAUGAAAACACGACUGACAGAAGUGCCGCAGCAACAGCCAAUCGAAGAGAAGGCUUCAGGUCGGAGGAGAAGGCGUGAUGCUACUGCAAAACCUUCAAAGCCUAAGGCCACUGCGGUACAGAAGGAAGGGGAUUCAGCCAAAAAAGGAAAAGCUGCGGUCCCUUCUAAAGGGGUCAGUCAGAUGGCUGCUUCUUCUCACUUGGAUGUGGUGGCCGAGAGCUGGGAGGACGGACCGUACAUGUUCAUCCUGAGUAUCAAAGAAAUCAGAGACAAGAGCAGAGCCUCGGACCCCCCUAACCCUGCCACACCCUGGAGUCUACAGUUGCAGAUCAGCAUGAAGGGUCCUCAUGACUACAUAUCAGCCGCUGAGUGGCCUAUGAUGGUGUUCUACAUGGUCAUGUGUAUCGUGUACGUGCUGCUGGCAGUUUUGUGGUUGGUUCUGUCUGCGUGCUACUGGAGGGAUCUGCUCAGGAUCCAGUUCUGGAUCGGAGGAGUCAUCUUCCUAGGCAUGUUGGAGAAGGCCGUCUACUACGCCGAGUUCCAGAGCCUCAGAUACGACGGCUUGUCAGUCCAUGGGGCGGUGGUGUUUGCUGAGGUGCUCUCUGCGGUGAAGAGGACUCUGGCCAGGGUGUUGGUGAUCAUCGCCAGUCUGGGAUACGGCAUCGUUAAGCCCAGACUCGGUGCGUUGCUCCACAGAGUAGUUGGAGUUGGUCUGCUCUACUUGAUCUUUUCGGUCAUUGAGGGGAUCCUAAGAGUCAACGCUGAUCGAGGCGACAACACCAGCAGUAGACUUUUGUGUGACAUAGUUCUGGCCUUCACCGACUCCUGUGUUGUCUGGUGGAUCUUUGUGAGUCUGGCUCAGACAAUGAAGCUGCUGAGGCUGAGGAGGAACGUGGUGAAGCUUUCUCUCUACAGACAUUUCACCAACACGCUCAUCUUCGCUGUCAUAGCGUCGGUCAUCUUCAUCAUUUGGACCACCAAGACCUUCAGGAUGUCUAAAUGUCAGUCUGAUUGGAGGGAGCUGUGGAUAGAUGACGCGUUCUGGCGCUUCUUGUUCUCCAUCAUCCUAUUGGUCAUCAUGUUCCUGUGGCGACCGUCAGCCAAUAACCAGAGGUAUGCCUUCAGUCCUCUGUUGGAUGAAGAGAGUGAGGAAGAGGAGAAGGAACCCAUGAUGAACGAGGCUUUCGAGGGGAUGAAAAUGAGGGGCACGAAAAAUGAGACCAACGGCACGGCCAAAGCCAAUAAGGUGGAUGAGGAUCUGAAAUGGGUCGAAGAGAACAUCCCUUCAUCCAUGGCAGAUGUCGCCCUGCCCCCCCUGCUGGACUCUGAUGAGGAAACCAUGACGACUAAGUUUGAGAUGUCCAAGAUGGAGUAAAAGCGGAAGAGGAAGGACGAAUGAACGGAGAGAGUGUUUGUGAAACACAGACUGUGGUAAACAGACAGGUGAAUGAUAGAGAUUAAUGUCCUGUACAAGGUGGAGUAAAGAAGAAGGAUGGCUGUUUCAGAGCACAUGUGAAGAGGGAUAGACGAACUGAUGGAUGAAAGAGGGAAUGCAGUGGACGAGUGUUUGCUUCACUAGCCGGAUGGUGUCUGUGUGAUUUAACUCUGACUUUAUGAGCUUUGUAAGCCUUGAUGUACAUACAAUGGGAGUAAAAUCGGACACAAUUUUUAUUUUCAUUUUCUGUUUGUAUUUAUAUUUCGAUAUAUGAUAUAUAUAUGUUUUUUUGUUUGAUCUAAUGAGGUUCUUUGCUAUUGAGUGACUUGUUUGCCUUUUCACCGUUUAAUGCAGGAAUGUGGUUUUCCAGUAUUGUCUCAUCAGACAUUUUGUGUCUGAGCUCUCCCUGGCGGUGCUGUUGGGUUUUUGUUGCUUUGAUGAUUGAGAAAGAAAAAAAAAAAAAAGCAUGGAUGUAAAUGAAUAUCUAAAUUGCUUUCGGUCCCUUUGGUUUUGGAUCCAUAUUUUACCAGCUUUGGUACCAGUGUAAUUUGAACCAUUAAAACUGUUCACAUUUGGAUCAUUUUAUACAAACUGCGUUAUUUAAUUGUUUUUCUUUUUCUUCGUGUCAGUGUGAAGGAAUUUCUGCAACAAAAGAGGACUGAUUGGCUGAAUCAGUUAC